GUCCCCGGAAAUGCUUCCUCCCACGCAGUUGCUGCGACCAGCAGUCGUUGAAACCCCGCCUCUCUAGGCGAAUAGGACCUCUCCUCCAUGGUUCUGUCUGUUAGCGCAGUUUGGGGAGCCGGCAGGUGAGGCGAGGGUCAAGUUCGGACGCCUGGAUUCUCGAGUGCAGGGGGAAGGGGACCCGAGACCCAUGGCGCGGCGGCGCUGACCCAGGCCCGGGCGGACCCCGGAACGGGCCGGCAUGGCGGGCCAGUUCCGAAGCUACGUUUGGGACCCGUUGCUGAUCCUGUCGCAGAUCGUCCUCAUGCAGACCGUGUACUACGGCUCUCUGGGGCUGUGGCUGGCGCUGGUGGACGGGCUGGUGCGCAGCAGCCCGUCGCUGGACCAGGUGUUCGACGACCAGAUCCUGGGCUUUUCCACCCCUCCAGGCCGACUCUCCAUGAUGUCCUUUGUCCUCAACGCUCUUACCUGUGCCCUGGGCUUGCUGUAUUUCAUCCGGCGAGGGAAGCAGUGUCUGGAUUUCACUGUCACUGUACAUUUCUUUCACCUCCUGGGUUGCUGGUUCUACAGCUCCCGGUUCCCCUCGGCGCUGACCUGGUGGCUGGUUCAAGCUGUGUGUAUUGCGCUCAUGGCUGUCAUCGGGGAGUACCUGUGCAUGCGGACGGAGCUCAAGGAGAUCCCCCUCAACUCAGCUCCCAAGUCCAAUGUCUAGAAUCAGAUCCUUGGAUGCCCUUCUGGGCACUUGCCCUCCUCUCUAGCCCCAGCACCUUGGGCUGCUGAGGUCCUCCAGCUGAGGUCUGACCUGGGUCUGAGAUUUACCCUGGAAAUGUGAAGUCUGUUGGUGUGGGAGAGAUAGUGAGGCCCUGCCAAGAAGGCAGGUAAGCAGUCAGGACCAGAGCUGCAAGAAUGGCCUCUGUCUGCUGAAGCCGUGCUAUCUGGGAGGUCAGCAAGGGGACUUCUUUCAGGGUAAGAACGGAAUUGGAACCAUGCCACUCUUGAGCCAUCUUACCUGCCACCAGCCUGUUGUUUCACAAAAAGAGAAAAACCAAGGAUAUCUGAAUGGAGCAAACCACUCUUCUAGUCAUCUGUCUUACCUUCUUGGGACAGCCAUUACCUGUGCCAUGUUGCUGAUCCAAGGCUACUCUAUUUGAAGAAACACUUGGUUUCUGGAUCCAGAGCCACAGAAAAAGACAUAGGAGCAAAUGUCAGGCUGCUGUCAGGGAGAGGACAGCAGAUGGAGGCAUCAAGCACAAGGAAACACAAAGCCUGUGUUGUUCUGCACUCACACGCACCCAUGAGCCCAUGACUGACUGCCUCCCUGUGCUGCCUACUGGGUCCCAUCCUGCUGCCAGCUUUCCACACAGCAGGCUACAGGACCCAGAUAAAAGUCUCUGCAUUGCUCCUGGUCUAAGCCCCAUAAUUGAGUCACUGCCUGUUGUCUAAGGAUGGCCAGGCACCCAGUUCCCACUGGACUUCAGUUCUGGCAAUAGUCCCCUUUUCCUGCCUUAUUUGGAAUUCAGCAGUGGGAAUGGUAUGAUGGAUGCCCAACCUUCCAACUCGCUCUGUGCUGACAGUGCCGACAGAAAUAGGAUUUUGUUGCUAAGAUUUUUAUUUGGGGUGGAGCGUCCUCUGUGAGGGGCUUGCAGCUGUCCUUUCUAUGUACAUAAAUACAGUAUUUUCCACA